UUCAAUUUGAAAAAACUGAAAAAUGGAAUGUGCUAUAUUUGACUAUAUUUAACUUCCCAACACACCUUAAAAACUGUUAAUGGGGGGUACUGUUGUACUCGUGAGACUUUGCUGAAUCCAAAUAAUACCAGUUUUUGUUUACAUUUUGUUUUGAUCAGAACGUGUACUAUUGACUCCGUCCUGAAGGGGUUAAGGGUUAAUAAGUAGGUAGGGUAGGGCUUUAGAAAAAUACCUCUCUAUCUCAGUAGAGAUUUUGUUAGCUGAAUGAAGCCAGGUGAAUUGUUAGGGUAGGACCCACCUAAGAGGUUUGCCUUGACGUGGCAGGUGGGCUUGCAUCAAAUGGCUAUUGGAGUUACUAAAUAACCUCCAUUUAUUUAAAUAUGCAUUGGGAUUUGGGCUAGUGCACCACUGUAACUCUUUUCUUUGGUUUUUAUUGUAUGUACUGGGGCUGAUGUGCACUAUGGUCGUUGCUCGUUGCUGCCGCCCAGAAGUAGGAGUUUGAGCACAGGACUUAUUUUUGUUUAUUUGUAUUAACUGUGCAUAAUGCCCGUAGGCAUUAUGACCACAUAAAAGAAAAAAUGAGAACACUGGAAUGGGAAAAACUUUGUCCGGCCCAGGUCUCAAAAUGUUUUGCUCACUUGUGCCAUUUUAGAGAGAACCUAUACCAUUUGUAUAUUAGACUGAUCCCACCCAUAAGGGCAUUCCAGGUCUGAAAUGCUGGCAAGUUCCCUUUGCGCAAGAGAUAGUCACCCCUGAUGAUUAGUUUGCCAUUCUUUGGGUCUCAUCGGCAAGGUGUAGCUGAUCUCUCCCUAGGCUCUGUGAGCAUAGAAACUUUAAGCAAAUGCAUUGAAGCAAAAACAAAGAAUUUGAGAGCACUGAAAUCUUAUGAAUUAUGACCAUAUACAGACAAAGGAUACCUUGAGCUCCUUGGUGUGAGCAGGGAUUAACCUUGUACACAUCAAUACUUACUUGCUAAUGCCAAUAAAGCCCAUUAUAGUUGGGACUUAAUGACAUGUCUUUAAGGGGUUAAUAGACCACCAUAUUUAUGUGUGUGUGUGUGUAUAUAGAUUGUUUAAGUAUUUACUUUAAAAUACUUUUAUGUUUUGUUCAGAAUUUUACAGCCAAAUCAAGUACAAAAUGCGCCAAUCAAUAAACUUCUUUGCAGACAAGGGUAAGUUACUAUCAUUUUUCUAAAAGUGCAUGUUACUUCUCUUGCUUUAAAUAGACACAGUCAGUGCUUCAACUGAUUUAAAGGGGGUUAUAAUGUCUGGAAUCUCCUAGUGCCAUCCUAGCGUUAAACCAUGUUUAAUGCUAAAAUGAGAGUCCACAGCAGUCUAUCCCCUUUGUGCUGUGUGUGCUAAUUAGCCAGCAAAUGGCUGUUAUCAUUGGCUGAGAGUAUCAGCUAACCAUUUGCAUCCUAUUACACCACCCAUUAUUAGUAUGAAUUGGUAUGGCUAGAAAUAUGUAAUCUCUGUAUUCGCCAUACCUCCAACAGGGGCCAGGGAUCCUUAAUUAUAGGGUAAUUCACUAAACUCCAAAUGACCCUAUAAAUUGCGACUGAGCCGGAAUAUAGUGUGGAUUUCAGCCGGACUGAAUGUUGAAAUCUGGGCAUGGAUAAUUUAAAACAGAGUCUGGAUUUUAAAAUUUCAAACUAUUUGCCCACUGGCAGUGCUAGCAGCCAGCAGGCAAAAAUAACAAUCAGUAGCGCCUGCUAGCCAUCUGCCACAUUACAAUGUAAAAUAAAGGUUAGAAUUAUGGGGGCUAUAUUGACUCUCGUAGGUUCAUAUUAUGUUCAUUUGUUUUGACACUUUUUAACGUGGUGGCUGGCUAGCAAGCGCUGUCCAGCCACCACAGGAUUAAUCCUCAGUGGCUUGAGUUGUUUAACGAUUUGCCCACUGGCUGCUAGGCCGGAGUUAUUGAAUUUGAAGCAUAGCUGAUUUAGAGAUUUUAUUCCAGUUCAGCUGAUUUAGCUUUACAUUUUAAAUUCACUUCGAAUUCUCACUUUAGUAAAUAACAAAUGGAAAUAAACAUGGUUUUUAAUUUAUGUAUGUUUCAAUUUAAUUUCAGGAGCAUUUAUCAGAAAAACCCCAAGAAAGAAGCCAAAUGUUGUGACAAUCUAAGAAGACAACACUCUUUGGGAUAA